AUGAUGCGCGCUCCCCGUUUCGAAGAUUGGAUGAGGAACCAAGCUGAGUAUCGAGCGAUUCGAGAACGUGAAAACGAGCUUAUCCGAUUGGAAGAGGAGGCGGCUGCUGAAGCAGUAAUUAAUAGGAAGGAUGAUCUGAGCUGGCAGGCAGGAGAAAGGUCCCUUUGGAGCCACGUGAAGAUGCUCCAAAAGUUUGAGUGGUUCCUUAGGAAUGUCCGUGGAGUGCCCCAGGAGAAGUUGGAAUGGUUGUGUGACGAUUUUGAAGACAUGACUCCGCGUCAUCUCUUUAACUUUUUCUUGAAGGGUCCCGGUCUGGUUCGCUAUGGUGGCUACCCCUUUCCCCUAACCGAGGAGCAGUGGACUUCGGAGGACUGUGCGCCGCGUUGGAAAGAUCCCGUUAGUGGGUGCAAGACUUUGAGCAACAAGGUCGCAAUGGAGUUUAUGUUCAACAAGAUCAUUAACGACAAGCCCUUGAUGAUUGAUUUCUGCGUUGCAAAUGCCAGAACUGGUGGCAAGUGGCAGUUCUGGCCGUUGGUUGAUCGUUACAUGAAUUGCUUUGGUGUCAACGCCAUGAUGGAGUCGAGUGGAGACACUUUCGAAGAAUUCAACGCGAGGAACUACAGGGGGUUUCAAGACUCGCCACCAAGCGAUUAUGAGCUUUCUGGUACGGUGCAAGACCUAUCCCGCGAAAAUGUCACGAUGGAACGUGCUUCGGUUGUCGCGUCGGUCCCUGUCGCGGUGGCCCCAGUCGCGGUGGCCCCUGCCCCGGUUGUCGCUUCGGUCCCUCUCGCGGCAGUCCCUGAAGAGACGAUCUUUGUCACGUCGGUCGCAGUGGCUUCGAUCCCUGGAAACGACAGCCUCGGCAACCUCGAGAACAAAGGAAGCGAUAGUGUUGGCAACCAAGGACUCGAAACGCAACCACGCACAACGGGCAAUGUUGUUAAUGGCGACGAUGACAUUGCACUCGAAAACGUUCGUGCUACCUUGGUUGAGCAGUUUGAUGCGGUGGGAGAUGCCGGGAAGGAAAAGGGUACCAGGAAGAGGAAGAGAAAGAACAAUAAGAGGAAGAGAAGCAACGCAGUGACUGAUAGUAUGGAAGAAGACGAACGUAAACCGGCAGCCAAGAAAGACAAGAAAAGCAAGAGUGUUACUGGCAAGAAGUGA